CCAUAAAUGAAAAAUACUGUCAGUGGAAGAACAUUGCUUAGCUUGGAUUGUAAGCGAAAAUGGCUUGUGAAACUAAAACCCAACUGGGAUUUCAUUGAAUUUUAUACUUUCCCCGAGACGAAGACUGAAAGCUUAAGAGUGGGACAAACUGUGAAAUAUUACAAGAAAGACACUAAAACGACAACGCCUUGUCCUGCACCUCCUCUUACCUUGUUCUGUCGUUCUACGAGACACAAUGAAAAGAAACUGCAUGUAAAAUCAGCUAGGAAACCUACUCGUGUUGGCAUAUUGUUGUCCAGUUCAAGCCCCAGAUGAGAUAUGACUUUCGAGAUCCUGACUUACAAAUUUCUCAUCCUUUUAAUUUAUUUUAAUUGACUGCUUAAUCAUCCCUCUUAUCGAUGUGGUUUUAAAAUUCUAAUGUAUUGAAAAUGUCUCUGUUAAAAAUGUGU